AUGCAUCGCUUUAGCUCUCUGAAUCCCUCAAGAGAGCACUAUAUCUGCCACGACCUGCAGACUCUUGUGCAGCUAGAGAGCCGCUGGCUAGGAGGUUGUAUUUACCGCCUCCCCUGCUUCCAGGAGAGGGAGUGGGUGGUCUUUCCGGCCCGGGCGGGGCUUCGAUGGGCGGGGCGGAGGCGGCCGGAAGUGCCCCUGCGGGCGGAGAUGACCUGGAGCUCCGGGCCCGGCCAGUACCUGCAGCACAGCAUCGUGCCCACCAUGCACUACCAGGACAGCCUGCCCAGGCUGCCUAUUCCCAAACUUGAAGACACCAUUCAGAGGUACCUCAGUGCACAGAAGCCUCUCCUGAAUGCCAGCCAGUUCAGGCAAACAGAACAAUUUUGUAAGAAUUUUGAAAAUGGGAUCGGGAAAGAACUGCACAAGCAGCUGGUUGCUCAGGACAAGCAGAACAAACAUACAAGCUACAUUUCAGGGCCCUGGUUUGAUAUGUAUUUAUCUGCUCGAGACUCCAUUGUUCUGAACUUUAAUCCAUUUAUGGCAUUCAAUCCUGACCCAAAAUCUGAAUAUAAUGACCAGCUUAUCCGGGCAACCAACAUGGUUGUUUCUGCCCUCCGGUUUCUCAAGACACUGCGGGCUGGCCUUCUGGAACCAGAGGUGUUCCACUUGAACCCUGCCAAAAGUGAUACUAAUACCUUUAAGAGACUCAUACGCUUUGUGCCUUCCUCUCUGUCCUGGUAUGGGGCCUACUUGGUCAAUGCAUAUCCCCUAGAUAUGUCCCAGUAUUUUCGCCUCUUCAAUUCAACUCGUUUACCCAAAUCUGGUCGGGAUGAACUGUUUACUGAUGACAAGGCCAGACAUCUCCUGGUCCUAAGAAGAGGACAUUUCUAUGUCUUUGAUGUCCUGGAUCCAGAUGGGAACAUUGUGAGCCCCUCAGAAAUCCAGGCUCACCUGAAGUACAUUCUUGCAGACAGCAGUCCUGUGCCUGAGUUUCCUCUGACCUUCCUGACCAGUGAGAACCGUGACGUCUGGGCUGAGCUCAGGCAGAAGCUGAUGCACAGUGGCAAUGAGGAGAUGCUGAGGAAAGUGGACUCUGCUGUGUUCUGCCUCUGCCUAGAUGACUUCCCCAUUAAGGACCUGGUCCACUUGUCUCACACCAUGCUGCAUGGCGAUGGCACAAACCGAUGGUUUGACAAAUCCUUUAACCUCAUUGUAGCCCAGGAUGGCUCUGCUGCUGUCCACUUUGAGCAUGCAUGGGGUGAUGGUGUGGCAGUGCUCAGGUUUUUCAAUGAAGUGUUUAAAGAUAGCACUCAGACCCCUGCCAUCACUCCCCAGAAACAGCUGGCCACCGCCAACUCUUCUGCUUCUGUGCAGAAACUCAGCUUCAAGCUGAACGAUGCCUUAAAGGCCGGCAUCACUGCUGCUAAGGAAAAGUUUGAUGCCACCAUGAAAACCCUAACCAUUGACUCUGUCCAGUUUCAGAGAGCAGGCAAAGAAUUCUUGAAGAAGCAGAAGUUGAGCCCUGACGCUGUGGCCCAGCUGGCCUUCCAGAUGGCUUUUCUGCGACAGUAUGGGAAGACAGUGGCCACCUAUGAGUCCUGCAGCACCGCAGCCUUCAAACAUGGCCGCACCGAGACCAUCCGCCCAGCCUCCAGCUUCACGAAGAGGUGCUCUGAGGCCUUUGUCAGGGAGCCCUCCAAGCACAGUGCCAGCGAGCUCCACCAGAUGGUGGCUGAGUGCUCCAACUACCAUGGCCAGCUGACCAGAGAGGCAGCAAUGGGCCAGGGCUUUGACCGACACUUGUUUGCUCUGCGGUACCUGGCAGCAGCCAAAGGGAUUGCCCUGCCUGAGCUCUACCUAGACCCUGCAUAUGGGCAGAUAAACCACAACAUCCUGUCCACCAGCACGCUGAGCAGCCCUGCGGUGAGCCUUGGUGGCUUUGCCCCUGUGGUCCCUGAUGGCUUUGGCAUUGGCUAUGCCGUUCAUGACAACUGGGUAGGCUGCAAUGUUUCUUCUUACCCGGGACGCAAUGCCCGGGAGUUUCUGCAGUGUGUUGAGAAGUCCUUAGAAGACAUGUUUGAUGUCUUAGAAGGCAAAUCCAUCAAAACUUAGCUUGCAGGUGGGUGAACAGCUUUUAUUGCUUCCUCAUCAUGAAAAUGGGGUUCCAUGCAGCCAAUAGGUGCUAUUCUGUGCUUAAUCAUAGGCGCCUAAGCAGCCAGUGGCUGAGCUGUAAGAUCGGGGUUUAAAAUAAAACAUGUCAUUUCUGAGUGGGACUAGAUUACAACUAAAGAUGAGAGAUUUCAGUUUUAAGACCCUUUGAUCAGGAGAUAGGGAUUGGAAAAAUAACUCAGGGUUAUUUAUUGUUUAAGCAGAAAUAAAAUUGAAGUGUUGCUGGGAAAUGGUCCUUAAUUUUUUUUAUACCUAAUUUCUUAAUCCCCAUGAACUUUCCAGCUGUAAGUUCAGGUAGCAUUGAGUUCCUGUUGGCUGCAGGCUCUUCGGGUGGUAUGGGAAGCAGUUUCAGCCUCUGUAAACUUGCCUCCCUCUCUUGGCACACUGUUUAAAAGCACUCUUUGUCGUCCUAUGGAGUGAACUGCUCUGGAAUAAAAGAACUUCCCACGGAUUUAGGGGCUGCUGUUUUACUCCUCUUCCUCCACAUAAGGAUUUAGAAUGGGCACGUGUUUGAAGUACGUAUUCUUUAUAGUUGUAGGAAGCAGACAUUAGUCCACCUUUUGCAG